GCCGCGUCAGAAACCUAGAAGGCAUGUCCAAAAUUGUCUGCACCUUGAGGUGCGGUUGAAGACGAUAAAGCCCAGAGAGCGAGCGCUUCCCUCCCUCCUUCACCAAUGGCUUCCCUCACUUCCUCUUGCUGUUGCUGUUCCUAUGCUUCUCAAUUGCUUCCUCGCUCUUCCAAAUCUCCAUUAUCACCAUUUCCUUCUCCUUUCUCUCCAUUCAACUUCUCGAAGCGCGCAAAACUUCUCUUAGCAGCGGCGAAGAAGAAGGAAUCCGAUGCAGUUCCUGUAGUGAAGAAAGAAUCUACGGAUUCCAAGGAAGAGGAAUUCGUAGAGGUGGAAGAAGAGCUGCCAUGGUAUCAGGAGAAGGCUUUGGACCUCGUGGAAUUCACUGGCUCUGUCACUCAGGCACUUCCUGGCCCUAGGGUUGGCCAGAGCUCGUUGCCUUGGCUCCUUGCUGUUCCUCUUGCUUAUUUGGGCGUCACUUUUGUUAUCGCUUUCGUUAAGACUGUUCGGAAAUUCAAUUCCCCUAAAGAAAAACGCCGGAGACAGGUCUCAAAAAAUGCCAUUCUCUGCUUGUCAGUAGAUGAGCUGCUUGAGAAAGGAAGGGAUGAAAUAAAGCCGGAGGCUCUUGCUGAAAUUGUGCAAAAGACAGGUUUCAGUGUGGGCGAAAUUUUGCGAAAGUAUAUACGUUAUGCAUUGAAUGAGAAACCUUUCAACCCUGAAUUAGUUGCCAACCUAAUUCAGCUGAGAAAAGCUUCUGCAUUGGAGGACACUCAGGUUGCAGAAAUUCUGAAUGAGGUAUCAAGAAGGAUUGAGAGAGAUAAAGGUCCAGUUGUUAUGAAUAUGUCAGGCUAUACUGAGAAGGGUUUCAAGAGAAAAUUAGCCGUACAGGCCCUUUUCGGCAAAAUCUUCUAUCUAUCUGAGCUUCCGGAGUUCUGUUCGAGAGAUAGCUCGCUAACUGUCAAACAAAUAUUUGGCGUUACAGAUGAAGAUGCUGAAAAACUAAGAUUACACACUCUCUCAGAAGCUGGGGACAUGGAUUCUCUUCAAAAAAUGGCUGACAUUUCAGAUUCUGAGGAUUUAAAAGAUGCCUCAUCUGAUGAACAAAAGGAUUAAAAGAAUGUACUUUUUUGGGAGGUGAGACUAAUAACUAUAUAACUCAAACCAAGAGGCCCGUUUUUCUUCUUUUUGUUUUUCUAAGCAAUUUGAGGUUGGAUUCUGAGUUUUUUAGCAUCGUAUAUGAAAUUACUAACUUUUGGUUUUAGCA